UACGAACUCUGUUGUGGUUGUUUGGUAUACAGUACUAUACGAUUUUAAAGUACAAUCGUUCGCUUUUAUAUCCACUCCGGUGUAUUUUGAUGUCGUUCACUUUGAAUUCUCGUGUAGUGUGAUGUAGUCGCGUAUAAACGUGCUCAGCUGGUGUUCAUAAGUUCGCGGGGUUUGUGGAAAAUUCAAUUAAUACACCUACUAACGCUACUAUUGCUGUACCAAAGCUCUCAAUUUUUCAAUUCGGUUUUUUAUAGUUCGUAAAUUGAAUCGUUCGAAUUUUUUUUUCAAUUUUUUAAUUAUGCGUUGCAGUACAGAAAACCCUUUGGCAAUUUUGUUCGAUGUAAUUAUUUUCUCUACAGUGGUCGUAUUGCUCUCAUUGGUCGAAUGGGGCCUGGUAACACCGUUCAAAACUAUCGGAUUUUACUGCAAGGAUCCGAAGCUAUCUUAUGUAAAUUCGGGCGAAACCGUAUCGGUUAAAUUAUUACUAACUGUAUCAUUCGUAUUACCUUAUUUUAUGUUUCUGUUCGUCGAAAGAUUCACGAACACGAAUAGCGAAGAAAGGCCAGCGAAACACUUGUGGCUGGAAAAAACACAUCAUUGGUAUUUAAAGUACCUGCACGGAUUAUGUUUUACCUUUUUGAUCACCGAUUUGGCUAAAUACCUGUUCGGCGAACCCAGACCUCAUUUUCUUCAUACCUGUCUUCCUCGUGAAAGUCUCAACUGUACUAUUGGACAAUAUUUUGAUCAUUACGAAUGCACUAAUAAUUUGAGCAGACAUCAGCUGGUGGAUUCGUUCAAAUCUUUUCCAUCGGGGCAUGCUGCGUUUUCAUGUUACUUCGCUGUGUAUUUCUUGGUGUACUUCACUCGUCAAAUACGUACCAGUUCUCAUUUAUUCUUAAACGUAUUACAAUUCUUUUGCAUAUUUUGGGCAUUAUUAUGCUCCCUCUCACGUAUCACCGAUCACAGACAUCACUGGUGGGAUGUAUUAUCCGGAGGUAUCCUGGGUAUAAGCAUCGCCGUAUACUUCAUCUCGUAUAAUCGAAGAUACAAAGAGAAAAAAGAAGAUCUAGAGUACCCUAACGCUGUAUUAGAAAAGAAUAAAAACCACAAGUUCAAUUUGAUUUCCGAUUCGAACAGUUGAAUAAUGAUCUCGCACUUUGCUAAGGGAUAAUUUUCGAAGCGAUGUAAAGUACGAGAAAAUUUUGCAGUGAAUUCGAAUUCGGUAUCGAUGAACGAACCAUGAUUUGUGAUCGUUGUGUAGUGUUUUUAAUCAGUAUCAAUUCCAAAUGUAUUGUGUAUUUUUUUUUUUUUACGUAUACAAUUAGGUAAAUUAAUUCAUCUUUUGUUUGCCUUUUUGCCUCGCAAUAUGUGUACAAUUUCUGUAAUUCAGUGCGGUAGACUUUUAUACGAGUAUUAUUUUUAUCGAGUGGAUGGUGUUGGUUUUUUUCUGUCUCAAGUUACCAUUUACAUUAACUUAUCAAGACGUUUGUGUGUGUUUUUUUUGCUGCUUCUGAAAUGUAGAAUAAUGUUUUUUGUAAUAAAAUUAUGUAUUUUGCA